AUCAUUCUAUUUACAAUACACUGAAAAUACAAUCAUGUCUUCCUUUACUAUCUUUUUAAUUUGCGUCCAAGCUUUCUUGAUUCAUAACGCAUACAGCCAGUGCCUUGGCCCAGCUGGGUUGGUAGGAUAUGGACCAGGUAUAGCUCCUGGUGCGUAUGGCUAUGGACCAGGAUAUUAUGGUGCACCUGCCAUCGAAGUAGCGCCUGGAUACGGGGGUACUGGUGUUGGUGAUGUCGCAGUCGCUGGUGAAAUGCCUGUCGCUGGUACCACACUUGUCGCUGGACAGGUACCGAUCCUUGGUGCUGUCCGCUUUGCUGGUGAUCUGCCAGCAGCUGGAACCGUUACUAUCUCUGGUAGCUGCGGCUGCGGAUGCGGUAGCCCUGCCUAUAUUUACUAAAUAGAAAGUUACGUUUCUCUGUUACGUACUGUUAUAGUAAAUAAAUUAAAUAUAAGGAAGAUAUAUAUAAC